AUGACAUCCAAGGAAGUUUGCCACCUAUUCGGAGUCAGCAAUGGAGUUCUUGGUAACCGCCGCAAUGGCAUCACACUAGCAGAAAAUAUUGAGCUACUUUUCGACCGAGGUACCAUCGCGAUUGUACCUAUGCCCGGCCCGAUGAAAAGUCCAACUCAAUGGAGGUGUGUUGUCUUGGACGAAUCAAAGAAGGAGGACACCAUCGGUUUCUUUGAUGGAUCUUAUAUGAGACUAAAGGACAUUGACAAUAAGCCAUUGAUGUUCGUUUCCGAUAACCGUCCUCGCGAACGGUAUUUGUACUUCUGCUUUAUCAUUGCAUACCUAAAUGCAAAGAGCCGAGGAGCCAGUGAGCUGUGGCAAGAAAGGUUGAAGCCACACCCCGUUGUGUUUCCGGAUCGGAACUCCCAGAAUCCCUUGUUCACGUGGAAUAAUUCCCCUGAUCGGAAGAAAACACGCGAGGAAGCUGGGCAACCUAACCCUAAAGAUAAGACGUUCGACUCUGGCGAUACCUCCACUCGUGACGCUGACGCUGGAACUGUGCUUGGAGCUGAUGUCUGUGACGCAAUUCUUGCCAUGAAGAACCUCUAA